UGAGGCGGAUCGCAGCCAUGUUCCUGGUUAACUCGUUCUUGAAGGGCGGCGGCGGAGGAGGCGGCGGCGGGGGCCUGGGUGGGGGACUGGGGGACGUCAUCAGAGGCUUCCUUGGCGGGGGCGGCGGAGGAGGUGGUGGUGGCGGCGGUGGCCCAGCCAUGCGCAUCCUGGGCGGAGUCAUUAGCGCCAGUCAGCGAGGCAGCUGCGCAUACAACCCAGACCCCCGCCCCGUGAGAACCCAUUACUCCAACUUUGAGGCCAACGCGAGUGAGGAGGUCUGGCAGUUCUGGCGACUCUUUACCCAGCUGGCUGGAGAUGACAUGGAGGUCAGUGCCACAGAACUCAUGAACAUUCUCAGCAAAGUUGUGACCCGAUACCCUGAUCUAAAAACUGAUGGUUUGGGCCUGGACACAUGUCGAAGCAUGGUGGCUGUGAGGGAUAGCGACACCACAGGCAAGCUGGGCUUUGAGGAGUUCAAGUACUUGUGGAACAAUAUCAAAAAGUGGCAGGGCAUAUACAAACGGUUUGACAUUGACGGAUCUGGCGAGGGAGGGAACGUGGACUUCGACAACUUCAUCAGCUGCUUGGUCAGGCUGGAUGCCAUGUUCCGUGCCUUCAGAUCUCUUGAUAAAGAUGGCACAGGACAAAUCCAGGAGAACAUCCAAGAGUGGCUGCAGCUGACUAUGUAUUCCUGAGCGGGACUCCGACCUGCCGCCUUGCUGUAGGAGCCAACAUGGACCCAUCCUCCCAGGGCCCAUGUGUCUGCAGUCACAUCUGCAUAGGUCCUAUUCCCACAGCCCUUUUUUUCCCCAGCCCUUGGCACCCAGCUUCUCAGUCAGCAGCCGGCUCCCCACAUGCCCCAACAUGCCAUGCCCUGAGUUACCCUGGCUCUCUGACAUCCUCAUAUGCUCUGCCCAAGGGUCACCACACCCAUCUCACACCCUCUCCUUUACCUUUCUCUGUACCUGUACCAAGCCCAAUACUCGUGUUGCUUCCGUGCCCCAAGGGCCAUCUCAGUUCUGGAGGAUCACUCAAGUCCCUGGCAUACUCAUUCACAGUUACCACCCAGGCAGCCAAAUAAACUCCAGUCAUUAGG